ACACAAUGAGUUAGACCACACAUCACGGACGUAAAUGUUGACUCAGAAAUCCCCUCAUAAUAAACUGUUUUCCCUCUAGCUUCUGGAGGAUAAAAGUUGGAUCAAAUGUUAUUAGAGUCUAGUGAAUAGAAUUGUGAGAAAUAAGAAGCCAGUUAUCAUGGCAACUGGACACAUCUUGCCGGGACGGGGGAGCAUUGUCACUAAAUUCCGGUCCAAGUCCGCCGACCCGACGAUGUCAAGUUACCGGUACAACAAGGAGGGUCGCCUGGCUGGGCGGGGAACGUACGGCCGGCCGCAGUACCAAACGAGCCCCAGGGAUCUCGUGGAAAUAAAGCGAGAUGCUAUACUUGCUUGGAAUGAAGAGUUAGAAGAUUGGACCAAAUCAGCAAAUAAGAGACCGACAACUUAUGAGCACAGUUUCUACAACAAAGGAGUCAAGUCGGACGAUAGAGCAAAGAUGAGACCGGUAUCUCCUACCAGGAGAAAUAAACCACACCCAAAAGAUGUUUUCAUGACAUGCAGACUUCACAAAGUUCCUGGUUAUUAUGAUCCUUCCUCGGCUAUGGGUAAAGAGAUUGGUGCUGUACAAGGCUUUCAGAAUCCUGACGCAAGAAUCAAAGAAGAAGUCUAUUUAGUUGAUGCUUUAUGUCCUGAAUGGGAACAACACGACAGACGCCAUUUGAGACACAAAUACAUCGGUCGACCAAGCACAGUUAACGUCAUGACGUAUAAAGAUGAAGAGCGACAGAAGAUGAAGAAAGUGAUAUCAGAUCCGUGGUCAGCCCAGGCGGCAGAAGCUUGGAUGAAACUAGCUGGAAGCACAAACAGAAAAGCUGUCAGGACAAUGGUUAACGAAGCACACACAAGAGGUCCAAAGUCAAAUAGACAGCACCAGGAUAGAACCACCAGAAAUGUGAGUGAGCAAGUCAGGGAACCAUACCAGGCCUCUGUGCAUCGUUUCCUGAAAGGAGCAGGCCAUGAAGAGUCUAGAGCAGCUGAGAAGUUAUAUGACAGUCUUGAGAGUGCUCCUCGUCCGCUUCCUAUGAGUGGACCUCACUUCCAUAUCACCGACUACAGCAAAGUACAUCACAAGAUUCACCCAAAACAUGUACGCACAGACUUCACUAUCCAUCCAGAAUGGGUGCCUUGAACAGAACACAGGAAAUGUUGGCGUCAGUAUCUAAACCUUCACUGCAUACGAGUGGUACAUGAAUAAUCUCCUUUUUUCGUUACAAGUAGUAUUUAUCAAAGACAGCGGAAUUUCACACUGUCUAUAUUCUGAUCUUUUCAAAGUUUUAAGCAAACAUUUUUCAAAAUUCCUUAAAAAAUUGGUUUCUGAAAACUCAGAUAACUAUCGUGACUGGUAAAAUACAGUUGUCACAUUCUCUUCAAACUUUGAAACAGCCUUGGAACUUACACCAAGUGUUUCCAUGCACUUUCCAGAACAGCUUCUUGAAACAUUGAACACUGCUUUAUAUUAUGUUGGCAACUUUUUCUGCAGGAAAAAGUUUGAAUCUGAAGUGGACAGGUGAACUUGUCUCUCAAAAAUAAGUAAUAAGUUGUUGACAAAAAUGUGUUACAAGUGUUGUCAGAUUGUAGAGCAAUUUCUGAAGGGAGCAUUGUAUGUGUCUGAUAUCACUCAUUUGAGGUAAAACAAAUUCAGAAAGGAAUUCUUUGAUGAGACCUCAAUGACUUAAUUUUUCAACAUUUUUAUUACAUUUACGUCACACUAAGGAUACUCUGUUUCAGCUUUUGGAAAAGAUCAGGUUGAUAUAUAAAACUUUAAACUGCCUUAUAGGUGCUAAUUUCAAACUUUAAGUUCUGGUAAUUAUUUCAAAGUACAUUAAUCAGUUUAAGUAUCAGUUUAAUGUGCCUGUGCAAUUGUUUUGUAUUUUUUCAUUACUAGCUGAGAAUUUGUGAAUGAGUGCAAAUGUACAAAAGUCGUUUUAAAUUUGGUCGCAACAUCUUUUUGUAAUUUAGAUGCACUCUUAUGUUUUUUUCUUCUAAACCGCACAAAUUCCAGGAGUUUCAUUAAAGCUUAUUUGUGAUUUGAUUUGGAUAUUUAUAAAUUUUUCUUGGCAUCAUGUGUAAUGAAAUUCUGUACUUUCACUAUUUUCAGAUUUUAAGCUGGAUUGUUUGUAUAUAAUUGAUUGAGAAAUCUGUGGUUUGUUUAAUGUUUGUUGCAUAAAUUAAACAGAUCUAAGAGUGUUAUUUAAAGCACCGAAACUGAAAAAUUGUAAUAAAACAAUUGAAGAUGAAUAACA